AUGACCGUGGGUGCCGUGGUCGGCCUGGGCAUGCUCGUGUGCCUGGGCUGGGCUGCCGCCGCAUCGUUCCACCGUAACCUCACCAUCGCAGCCUUCGCCCAAAAUACAGGGACGAACGGUAUCUCUUAUCGCAAUGACAUCGGGCCGGCGUUCACCCUCAGUGGGUUUGCGCCGUUUGCGCCCCCUCGGAGGGCCGUCAGCGGCUUGUACGGUCGGCGGGCCGUGCUUUACGCCGCGACCGCGGAAGGCGGCACGGACGAUCCCGAUGCAACUCACGAGGCGGACCAACUUGAGGACCAGGCGCCGGAGGAGGAGUACUGCGGCAGCCGCAUGCGCAAUUUCUGCAUCAUAGCCCAUGUUGACCACGGCAAGUCCACGCUCGCGGACAGAUUCCUGGAGCUAACCAAGGCGGUGCAGCCGCACGAAAUACAGGACCAGUACCUCGACAACAUGGAGCUCGAGCGCGAGCGCGGAAUCACGAUCAAGCUCCAGAGCGCGCUCAUCAACUACACCUACCCCAAGGACGGGAAGACGUACAAGCUCAACCUCAUCGACACGCCGGGGCACAUCGACUUCAACCAUGAAGCCAGGAGGUCAAUCGCGGCGUGCGAGGGCGCCUUGCUCGUCGUUGACGGCACCAAGGGCAUACAAGCGCAGACGGUCACCACGUCCAUGAUCGCAAUAGAAAAGGGGCUCAAGCUCAUACCCAUCGUCAACAAAAUCGACGUAGAGUUCUGCGACUACGAUGCGACCGCGUCGGACCUCAAGUCGCUCUUCAAUUUCACAGAGGACGAGAUACUCAUGGCCUCCGCGAAGGAGGGGUUCGGGAUCACGGAUAUCCUCGAUGCGGUAGUAGAGCGGGUGCCGCCGCCGAAAAUCGACACGGAAAAGCCCUUCAGAGCGCUCGUGUUCGACAGCCAGUACGACCCGCACCGGGGCGUGGUCAGCUACGUGAGGGUCGUCGACGGGAGCGUCAAAAAACUGGACGAGGUGGUAUUCCUGGGGCACGAACUGGAGGCGAAGGUCACUGCUGUAGGCGUAAUGAUGCCAGACCUGCGGGAACGCGAGACACUCAGGUGGGGACAGCGCAUUCUACCGGACACUGCUUGCAGGUCGGGGGAGGUGGGCUGGUUCUGCUGCAACACCAAGGACCCCAGCAGGGUGGCGGUGGGAGACACUGUCGUCCUCAAGGCAGCCGCCAAAAGUGGAGAUGUCGAGCCCAUAGUGGCCUUCGAGGCGGCGAAGCCCUCCGUGUUCGCCGGGCUCUACCCCUGCGACGGCACGGACUACCUGCAGCUCAGCGCAGCGCUGGACAAGCUCAAGCUGAACGACCACUCGCUUGUUUUUGAAGCCAGCGAGUCCAGCAUAGCGGGGCACGGGUUCAUGUGCGGAUUCAACGGGUUGCUGCACCUCGACGUCACCGUGCAGCGCCUCCAGCGCGAGCACGACGUCGGCGUCGUGGUCACCUCACCGUCGGUGCCAUACCGAUGCCACCUCAAAAACGGCAAGCAGGUGGUCGUCAGCGAUGCAGCACACUGGCCUGAUGACGGCCUGGUGAAGCUCGCGGAGGAGCCCUGGACCAACGUCACCGUGAGGGUACCCGGAGACUGCCAACGCAAGGUCAUGAGCCUCCUGCACCAGAUGCGAGCUGAGUUCAAGACCAAAAACGAAUUCGCCGGAGGCAAGUCCGUUGUGCUCGAGUAUGCCGUACCCAUGAUCGAGAUCAUAUCAACCUUCUUCGACAACCUCAAGUCCAUCACCAACGGCUUCGGCUCGUUCGACUACGAGGGCGCCUUCUACCGCGCAAUCGACCUCUGCAAGAUACGGGUGAUCAUCAACGGAGAGGAGGCCCCGGGGCUGGCGAUGAUCGUCGCCAAGGACAAGGCUUACGAUUCAGGCAAACUGCUGGUGGAAACGCUCCGCGAAGUGAUACCGCCCAAGCAGUUCAAAAUACACCUACAAGCGGCGAUAGGGAAACGGGUCAUAGCGUCCGUCAGCAUACCGGCCAUGCGCAAAAACGUCACGGAAAGGUGCAGCGGCGGGGACCCCUCACGCAAGAAGAAAUUGCUAGACAACCAGGCCAAGGGCAAGAAGUUCAUGGCAGAGGUCGGAAACGUGUCGAUCCCAAUCGACGCCUACAAGGCGGUAUUGAAGGCGCUGAGAUGA